AUGUUCGAACCUCAAGAAUUAAUGGUGAUUAGGGAUCACAGUCAUAUGAUCAGAGGAAAGCGCACCAAGCGGCAAAGGCCCAUCUCCCAGCUUUCAUUAACCAUGGCCACUAGCUCAUGUAGCACGGCGGAAGUCACUGGUGGGGGUUUUGGUGGUGCUGCCACGAAGGAGGAGGAAGAAGAAGAUAUGGCCAAUUGUCUGAUUCUUUUGGCCAAAGGGAAAACAGAAAAAUCCUGUGAACAAACUGCCGUUAUGAGGUCGAAUGUUUACCAGUGUAAAACAUGUAACAGAUGUUUCCCUUCUUUCCAAGCACUUGGUGGGCAUCGAGCAAGUCAUAAGAAACCGAAGAAAAAAACCCUAGAAGAGCAUGUACUCCAAAUCAGUGACGAUCAUGGCACAGAUCAGAUUUCAAGGUGCAGUACUGAUUUAUGCAGCCAAGAAAACAACAAAUUUAAGGUUCAUGAAUGUUCAAUAUGUGGAACUGAAUUCAAUUCUGGUCAAGCCUUGGGGGGUCAUAUGAGAAGACAUAGAACAGUGCCUAAUCAUGAUCAAGUUGAGUCUCUAAAAGCCACGAAAUCAAGAAAUCUGUUAGCAUUGGACCUUAAUCUUCCUGCAGCACCAGAAGACGAUGAUGAUGAUUACAGAGAAUACUCCAGCUUUUCUUUUGCAUCAAAAGAACAAAUCUUAGUCUUCUCUGCCUCUCCUUUGGUUGAUUUUCAUAACUAA